UAGUUGUGCGGUUGUUUUUUUCCGUAAAGUUUACUUCCGUAUAUAUUAAUUCAUUUUACUUUGAAUAAAAUCCCAUGGACGUUUACCAUUAUAUAAGAAUGACGCAAAGGAGACAUAUAUCGUAGUCUGAGAGUAUUAACUGAAAGGAAUCAAAGAAUGGCUUCUGGACCAGACCCUGGCGGCCGUUCCAGGUUUGCUAAACUCGGAAUGGCAAUUAAUGAAGAAAUGACCCAGGCCUGUAGAGAUGUCUUAGAAAUGGAAGUACCUCCUGGGCUUGUCUACAACAAAGUGAAGUUAUCAUCGAUUUAUAAAAACAUACGUCCUGAGCAAGAACGUCGUCUUAUAGGCGCCAAAACUGAUGGUUAUAAAGAAUUUGAUAUAACACUGUUAUAUACACUGAUAAGAAACAUAUGUACAAAGAUUCCUCGUCCAACAAAAGGUUGGGGUGGAAGCACGAUGCCGUCAGUAGGAGAAAUAACGAUUGGCGAUGACGUUGAGAGGAUCAGGAUGAUAAGAAACAGCAUGUUUGGACACAUAAGCUCGGCUUCUACCUCACAGACAGAGUUUGAUGACACGUGGUCAAUCAUAACUGAUAUCUGCCAAAGGCUGCAAGCGUACACAAACAAAGACUAUUUGUCUGGACUGAGUAAUAUUCAAAGUCAGGCCUUAGAAGAGGAGUUCGAAACAACAAUCAUAGAAAAACUUAGGGAAGAUUAUAAAAAUAACCAAUCUCUACUGGAAAAGUUAUCUUCUGUGGAAAAGGAUUUGCAAGAAUUGAAAAGAAAAUCCGAAGACAAAGAAAACAGUCUGGUAAAAGAGAUUCUGGACAAUUGGCGAGAAGACGAUAUUGCCUUCAUUCAUACAAGAGCUAGUGACGCGGUUCAAGAAAAGCUUAAAAGUCUUAACCUUAUCACAGUGGUUGGGAAUUCUGGAUCUGGAAAAUCUGCAAUAAUUCAGCAUAUUGCACUCAUUCUAAAGGAGCAGGAAUGGAAUGUCAUACCGGUGGAUAAGGUGGAAGAAAUUAAAAAGAUCUGCUCAACCGGAGUCUCAGAAAAUCGUAUAUUAUUUGUAUUCAAUGAUCCUUUAGGUAAGGAGUCGUUAGAUGAAAUUUUGUAUCACUCAUGGAAAAGUUUAGAGAAAACGCUGGAGAUUUGCUUGAAGAAGAAUAAACUAUUGAUAUCAUGUAGAAGAUGCGUCUUUUAUGACAAGAGAAUCAAGGGUAACUUAUUGGACGAAUCGACUGUAGUAGAAAUUGACAGCAAGGAACAUGGACUAACUGUUAAAGAGAAAAAUGCGAUUUUUAAUCAGUAUUCACAGAAUCUGAAAUUAUCCGAGGAGGUUGUUACUGAAAUAAUCAAAACCGAGGCUUACUUCCCAUUGCUUUGUAAGCUUUUUUCAAGGGAAGCGAACUACAAAGAGAAGGGGGUUGAUUUCUUUAAAAAUCCGUACAAAUUUAUUAAAAAGGAAAUAGAAAUUUGGAGGAAAACAGACAAAAAAAGAUUUUGCUCACUUAUCUUGAUAGUGGCUUUCAAAAACAAUUUGAAAAUCGAUACUAUUGUUAAAAAUGAUAUUUCUUUAAUGAAGUUUAAGGAAGUUUUAGGAAUGUCGGAAUUACAAGAAAACACACACAUAUCAGUGAUUCGUAGUACUCUACAGGAACUGAAAGGAUCUUAUGUCAAACGUGUCGGAAAUACUUUCCAAUUCCUUCACGACUUUAUAAUGGAGAUAACGACUCUUGUGUUUGGUGUUGAUUGUCCACAAGAGUCAAUACAGUACGCAGACAGUGGUUUUCUGAGACGUCGGGUAAGGAUAGAAGACGAUGCAGAAGAGGAAGAUCGCGAUCCCUUCACUGUUUACCUGCCUGAGGAAUACAUUGAAGAUCUUGUGGACAGGUUUAUCACUGACAUACAAACAGAACAAAUUAUAGAUGUUAUACUACAUCCAUGCUUACGGAAAGAGACUGUGAUCAAUUCUUUUAAGCAAAAAGUGGAUUCGCUCGAAAAACUUCUUGUAAAAAUUAAAUGUGAAAUAGACAGAUCGAAAUUUCAAAAAUCAUUUCAAAGAACUUUUUUCACGAGACUUGAUUUACUUUAUUCAUUUCAAAGUGAAAUAUGCCCUUUAGUUGGUCUGAUUGUAUUUUGUCAUUCUGACAUUGCUUCAUUUUUCAUAAAAAGUAUCCCUGAAACAAAGUUGAAAGAACAUCCUAUAUUUACUGCUAUAUGUGCGAAUGGCGAUUUAAACUUACUAAAUUCUCUCAGCGAAGAUUAUAAAAAAACAGCAAUGAUGGAAAUAUGUGAUGACUCUUUACCAAUUCAUGUUGCUUCAGUUUUUCAUAACUAUUCAAUACUUGAAGAGUUAGUAAGACUUGGUGCUGACGUAAACAAGUUAACAACUGCUGACGGGUGGACUCCGUUAUUACUUGCUGCUGCAAAUGAUGAAGAUCAUUUCAAAGAGGCCGGAAUCGACACAAAAACUGGAGAAAGACGUAAUAAUACAACAAUUUGCUUAUUGAACAACGGUGCUAAAAACAAUUUAUGUGAUAUUGAGGAUGGAUUGAUUCCUCUUUGUAUACCUUGUGAUAGAGGACGUGAUAGCACGGUACAACUGUUACUGAACAAUGGUGCCAACAUCAAUUUAUGUCAGAAGAAUGGAGUCACUCCUCUUAUUAUAGCUUGUCAAAAUGGAAAUGAUAGCACGGUAAAACUGUUACUGAACAACGGUGCCGACAUCAAUUUAUGUGAUAAUGAUGGAUACAGUCCUCUUUAUAUAGCUUGUCAAAAUGGACAUGAUAGCACGGUACAACUGUUACUGAACAAUGGUGCCAACAUCAAUUUAUGUCAGAAGAAUGGAGUCACUCCUCUUAUUAUAGCUUGUCAAAAUGGACAUGAUAGCACGGUACAACUGUUAUUGAACAACGGUGCCAACAUCCAUUUAUGUGAGAACAAUGGAGCCAGUCCUCUCUAUGUAGUUUGUCAAACAGGAAAUGAUAGCACGGUACAACUGUUACUGAACAACGAUGUCGACACCAAUGUAUGUGAAAAGAAUGGAGUCAGUCCUCUUUUUAUAGCUUGUCAAAAUGGACAUGAAAGUACGGUACAACUGUUACUGAACAACGGUGCCAACAUAAAUUUACGUGAUAAUGAUGGUUACAGUCCACUUUUUAUAGCUUGUAAAAAGGGACAUGAUAGCACGGUACAACUGUUACUGAACAACGGUGCCGACAUCAAUUUAUGUGUUAAUGACGGAGACAGUCCUCUUUAUAUAGCUUGUGAAAAUGGACAUGAUAGCACGGUACAACUGUUACUGAACAACGGUGCCAACAUCAAUUUAUGUGAGAAGAAUGGAGUCACUCCUCUUAUUAUAGCUUGUGAAAAUGGACAUGAUAGCACGGUGCAAUUGUUACUGAACAACGGUGCCAACAUCCAUGUAUUUGAGAAGAAUGGAGUCACUCCUCUUAUUAGAGCUUGUCAAAAUGGACAUGAUAGCACGGUACAAACGUUACUGAACAAUGGUGCCAACAUCAAUUUAUGUGAUAGUGAUGGAGACAGUCCUCUUUAUAUGGCUUGUCAAAAUGGACAUAAUACCACGGUACAACUGUUACUGAACAACGGUGCUGACAUCAAUUUAUGUGAUAAUGAUGGAGACAGUCCUCUUUAUAUAGCUUGUGAAAAUGGACAUAAUAGCACGGUACAACUGUUACUGAACAAUGGUGCCGACAUCAAUUUAUGUGAUAAUGAUGGAGACAGUCCUCUUUGGAUAGCUUGUCAUAAUGGACAUGAUAGCACGGUACAACUGUUACUGAACAACGGUGCCGACAUCAAUUUAUGUGAUAAUGAUGGAGACAGUCCUCUUUGGAUAGCUUGUCAAAAUGGACAUGAUAGCACGGUACAACUGUUACUGAACAACGGUGCCGGCAUCAAUUUCUGUAACAAGAAUGGAGCGAGUCCUCUUUAUAUAGCUUGUCAAAAUGGACAUGAUAGCACGGUACAACUGUUACUGAACAACGGUGUCGACACCAAUUUAUGUGAGAAGAAUGGGGCCAGUCCUCUUGAUAUAGCUUGUCAAAAUGGACAUGAUAGUACAAUACAACUGUUACUCAACAACGAUGCCGACAUCAAUUUAUUUGAUAAUUAUGGAUUCAGUCCUCUUUUUAUAGCUUGUCAAAAUGGUCAUAAUAGCACGGUACAACUGUUACUGAACAACGGUGCAGACAUCAAUUUAUUUAAUAAUCAUGGAGUCAGUCCUCUUUAUAUAGCUUGUCAAAAUGGACAUAAUAGCACGGUACAACUGUUACUGAACAACGGUGCCGACAUCAAUUUAUGUGAUAAUGAUGGAGACAGUCCUCUUUAUAUAGCUUGUCAAAAUGGACAUGAUAGCACGGUACAACUGUUACUGAACAACGGUGCUGACAUCAAUUUAUAUGAUAAUGAUGGAUUCAGUCCUCUUUAUAUAGCUUGUCAAAAUGGACAUGAUAGCACGGUACAACUGUUACUGAACAACAGUGCCGACAUCAAUUUAUAUAAUAAUGAUGGGGACAGUCCUCUUUACAUAGCUUGUGAAAAUGGACAUGAUAGCACGAUACAACUGUUACUGAACAACGGUGCUGACACCAAUUUAUGUGAUGAUGAUGGAGACAGUCCUCUUUCUAUAGCUUGUCAAAAUGGACAUGAUAGCACGGUACAACUCUUACUGAACAAUGGUGCAGACAUCAAUUUAUGUGAUAAUGAUGGAUUCAGUCCUCUUUCCAUAGCUUGUCAAAAUGGACAUGAUAGCACGAUACAGCUGUUACUGAACAACGGUGCCGACACCAGUUUAUGUGAUGAUGAUGGAGACAGUCCUCUUUCUAUAGCUUGUCGGAAUGGACAUGAUAGCACGGUACAACUGUAUAUUCAAUUUAUGUGA